AAAGCGUGAAUGAAACCUUUGAUACCUUAAAGUCACUGGACACAAUGUGUGACCUGGUACCUGAAGUCAAGUACCCUCGUAUUCCAGGAUACAGACCAAAACCUGAGGACAGAUUUGGCAAUGCCUGGGUGUGGCGGUGUGACAUAGCUGGAGCACCUUUCGGAAAACUCUUUGGGAAAUCUGUAGCCAUUACAGACAACACAGCUGUAGCCGGGGUGCCCAUGUCAAAUGGAAGUCAGCUUCUGGAUGGAUAUAUGCCAGAAUACGAUGCCACGGUGAUCACCAGGAUACUGGAUGCUGGUGGGAGAAUUGUAGGCAAGGCUGCCUGUGAUGACUUUUGCUUUGGUGCUAUGGGCUUUUCUGCUGUAGAUGGUUACAUCAGCAAUCCUGAACAUCCAGAGCAGCGUGUUGGUGGUUCCAGUGGUGGGUCUGCUGUCUUGGUGGCAACCGGACAAGUAGACUUAGCUAUAGGAGCUGAUCAAAGUGGUUCUGUUCGAGUCCCAGCAGCAUGGACUGGAACCGUUGGCUUGAAACCAACUUUUGGUCUCGUGCCGUACACAGGGGUCGUACCAGUGGAACCUUCGGUUGAUCAUGUUGGACCUAUAACCAGAAAUGUCUCUGACUGUGCACUGUUUCUGGAGGUUAUUGCUGGUAAUGAUAGUUUGGAUGGGAGACAGGCUAUAACUAUUGAGAUUCCUGACUACAGCAAAAUGCUGGAAGUAAACAUGACUGGUAAAGUGAUUGGUGUGUUACAAGAAGGGUUUCAGACGUGCACACAGGAAACACAGGCAGCUGUUAGAGAGUUUCUGGCAACUGUUGUACAAGCUGGUUUUGUUUUGAAACGUGUCUCAGUGCCUUUACAUCUCCAUG